CCUGUUUUUAAUACGUAGAUAAUCACAAGUGAGAUUUCAGUGAUAUUUUGAACACUGAACUAGGAAAUGGUUUUCAUUUCAGAAAUCUGGUCACCAAACGGACCCAUGGAAGGAAUUGUGAAAAUGAAGCCAAUUUUCUGUUCACAAACAUCUUCCAAGUGUAUUAUUACUUCAGCAGAUGAUACAGAUGUACUCCAAAGGGUGGUGCAGAGAUUUAUCCAAUAGGAAUUACACACUAAAUCGUUUAUGAAUGUGAGGGGGAAAACAAGUCCAUCCAAGGAAUACAUCUGGCAAACAAAAGGCUGCAUGUUGAUCCAGACGGACCGGUUGAGGCUGGAUUCAGUGAAGCACCCCAGCUGGAGGACCCUUAUCUCCUUGUCCUCAUCUGAACAUCUGAACUCGUGAGGAGAUAUACAUACGCAUGUGAAGAGACAGGCAGACUCACAGCUGAGGACGUGAUAUCAUUUAACAUUCUUAUUUAUUAAUCUUUCUAGGUUGCUGCCCGCUGGUUGAGAAUCGCUAUAUUAUUAGACCAAAUCCGUCUGUGUUAUUUCUCCAUCUGUUUGAGUUGUUUCCUCUUUCUCUCAGUUUAACUUCAUUUCUUUUGCUCUGCUCUAAUUUCUCUCUCGACCUCUUGACCUCUCGACCUUCUCUGUCCUCACAAAGGCUAGAAGUGACAGAGUCAUCAUUAUUGUUCUGAAGCGUGAUGGCGAUGAGAUCAUCUGCUCCUGGUUUCCUAUAAAUGACUGAAACCAUCAAGAUUCGGUCAGUGAUUCAUUCUCUCCGAUAUCACAAAUGAAGAAGUGAAACAGUGUUGUGUUUCUCUCACCUCCCGUGAUCUCUCCAUCGCUGCUCUUAUUCUCAUCAGUUCUGCCGAUAGUGAUGGAGAGGAGAGCAUGUGCUCCUGGUUCUCAGUGGGAUUCUCUGCUCAAGUACUGCGUCUCCCACAGAUCCCUGGGACUGACGCCAUCAGAGGCUCCUCCGCUGGUGCUGAAGCCGGUGCAGAGCAGCAGAGGUCUGGAUGAGUCUUCAUCCUCAUCCUCGUCCUCGUCCUCCAUCAGUCCUAGUGUGUGGAUCUGUGUUGGGCUGCUCGUGAGUGUGUCGGUUCUGGUGCUUCUGCUUUGGUUCAUCAUCUACAGACGCCACACCAGGACCUCACAGAGCACAGCAGGUGAAAAGGACUCUACGCCCCAAACCCCGACAACCACAGAACAGGACGAGGAGGCCCUGUCAACUUGGCCGCAUGUCAGUGGUGACACACAGGAAAUCCCAAUCAAAGAGGGAGCCUGUGGGCGGAGCCUGUGUAAUGGAUGGGCAGAGCACGGGCUGCCACUUCCUGCCACAGAACUGGGAGACUCCGCCCUCGUCACCACUAAAACCGGACAAUCUGUGUAAGUCUGAAGAGUAAUGUGAACAGCAGAAUUAAUACACAGGGUAAAUAAUCCAACAUACCAGUUGUACACUUGAUAUGAAUCCAGCUCGUAUUCAUAUUCACUUCAAACGAUAGACCUCAUGUAAUCAAAAAUCCAGUUCCUGUGGCUCUCAGUUCAUGCCCAUGUCAGAGAACUUAACAUGGAUGGAGAUGCAGAAAACGAUUCACCAGCAGUGGCAUCUGUCAGUCCUCAACAAAACAUUUUAAAGAUGAAUAUUUGCUUGAGUAUAUUUUGGGAGAUCUCCAGAACACAGAUGAGAGUCCUAUUU